UCGCGGUUAAAACUUUUUUUUAACCUCAAAUUAUUGUUGUCAAUAUUUAUUUAUACAAAAAAUAAUAAAUUUAAAAAAUGUCUGAGCCCCAGAAAAAAAAAUUCAAAUCGUCGAAUUUUAUUGACGAACUCGAUCAAAAGAGGAAAAAUACUGCAAGUUCAAUUUUGAAUUUUCCAUUCAUUAAAAAGCGCGUAAAAGUAUUGUCUGCCGUCGACGAAGUCGCUAAAAAUUCAAAGGGAAUUCUUUACUGGAUGUUUCGUGAAGGCAGGGUUCAAGAUAAUUGGUCAUUUUUAUUUGCUCAAAAACUUGCGCUAAAAAAUAAAUUACCGCUACAUGUUUGCUACUGCAUUUUACCAAAAUUCCUUGACGCAACUUUGAGACACUAUAAGUUUCUCGUUGAAUCACUUGAAGAAGUAUCAAAUGAUUGCAAAGAUUUGAAUAUCAGCUUUCAUCUUUUGCAUGGAACUCCCAAUGUCGUUGUUUUGGAUUUGGUUAAAAAACAUAAAAUGGGCGCGCUUGUUGUUGAUUUUUUUCCACUGCGAGUUCCAAGCGGUUGGGUCGAAGAUUUGAAGAAUUCAAUUCCUAAAGAUGUGCCUCUUUGCCAGGUUGACGGACAUAAUUUAGUGCCUUGUUGGGUAGCAUCAGACAAAUUAGAAUACGGAGCACGAACAAUAAGAGGAAAAAUAAACACAAAGUUACCUGAGUACUUGACUGAAUUUCCGCCUCUAAUAAAACACCCGCAUGAUAGCGCAUUCAAAAUACCAACGAUCGAUUGGAAAAAUGCAUUGAAAGAUGUCCAAAUAGAUCGUACUGUAGAUAAAGUUGACUGGUGCAAACCAGGAUACAGAGGAGCAUUGAUGGAAUUGGAAUCAUUUAUAACAAAACGUUUAAAAAAUUACAAUACCAAGCGUAAUGAUCCAACAGAAGAUGCUCUCAGCAAAUUGUCACCUUGGUUCCACUUUGGACAGAUAUCAGUACAACGAGUUAUCCUGGAAGUGAGAGAAUACAAGAAGCAGCACAAAGAAUCCGUUGAAAACUUUAUGGAAGAAUCAAUUAUCCGACGUGAGCUGAGUGACAAUUUUUGUUUCUACAACAAAAACUAUGACUCGGUUGAAGGAGCCAAUGCUUGGGCUAUUGAGUCAUUGAACCAGCACAGGAAGGACAAACGGGAGUAUAUUUAUACUCGGGAUGAGCUUGAGAACUCACAGACACACGAUGAUCUGUGGAAUGCUGCCCAGAACCAAAUGGUCAGGGAAGGAAAGAUGCAUGGGUUCUUGAGGAUGUAUUGGGCCAAGAAGAUUUUAGAGUGGACUCCGUCACCGGAAGACGCUCUGGCUUGGGCGAUUUAUCUCAAUGACAAGUACAGCAUGGACGGACGUGAUCCCAAUGGUUACGUCGGGUGCAUGUGGUCCAUCUGCGGUAUCCACGACCAAGGAUGGAAGGAGAGAUCAGUGUUUGGUAAAAUUAGGUACAUGAAUUACAAAGGUUGCGAGAGGAAGUUUGAUGUUAAAAGUUUUGUUAGAAAGUAUGACGGUAAAGUAGUUAACAAGAAAAAUGACAUAUCAAAAAUGUUUAAGAAAAAAUAAUAAAGCUCAAGUAACAUCGGUUCAUAA